CCUUUCCACGCAUGCAUGAACUCCUAUUUAAACCCCUCACUGCCCAGUUCCCCUCCGCCUUGCAGUACCCUCAUCCAUUCAUCAUCCCCUCAACCUCUCUCUCUCUCUCUGUGCGCGGGCUAUGGAGUUAACUUCUUCUACAGACUGGGGUUGGUAUCUGUUUACAGUCCCAGCUUUUAUAGAAAGCCUUAACUUGUUUAAUGGCUUGGUUUUCUUUUCCAUCUUAAUGGCCCCUUUUUCAGUUGCCUUUCUAACACGGGCUUUCUCCACCGGAGGCCUAGCUUGGACAAACGGCAAGAACCGAAUGGGUGAGAUCCCGAUUCCUGGACCUCGAGGUCUUCCUAUAUUUGGGAGUUUGUUCAGCUUGAGCCAUGGCUUGGCUCAUCGAACUCUUGCUCGCAUUGCUUCAGACCAUAAGGCCACCCAGCUUAUGGCGUUCAGCCUGGGCUCAACCCCUGCAGUUAUCACCUGCGACCACAAAAUUGCUCGUGAAAUCUUGACUUCUUCCCAUUUUUCCAACCGUCCUAUUAAGCAAUCUGCAAAAGCCUUGAUGUUCAACCGGGCCAUAGGGUUUGCACCAAACGGAGAAUACUGGCGGCUUCUGAGGAGGAUUUCUUCAGCCCACCUCUUUUCAUCAAAGAGGAUUGCUGCCCACGAAGUUGGACGCCAGAUGGAUUGCGACAACAUGUUGCGUGCCAUCGCCAAAGAGCAAUCACUUCAAGGUGUUGUUUUCUUACGAAACUACCUUCAAGCUGCGGCGCUUGACAACAUUAUGAGCACCGUAUUUGGAAAAAGAUACAAUCUGACGUGCAAUAGCGCUGAGGCUAGGGAGUUGCACGAGAUUGUUAGAGACGGGUUUGAGCUCUUGGGUGCUUUUAACUGGUCUGAUUAUCUCCCAUGGCUCAACUACAUUUACGACCCUUCUCAUAUUAGCGAAAGCUGCUCAGCGCUUGUGCCCCGUGUCAGAAAUCUUGUGAAGAAACUAAUAGAUGAACACCGGCAUGUUGACUCGAGCAAGCUCUCUGAUAACUCAGAUUUUGUUCAUGUGCUACUCUCUUUGGAAGGAGAUGAGAAACUUGAAGAAGAUGACAUGAUUGCAGUCUUAUGGGAAAUGAUCUUCCGUGGUACAGAUACCACUGCACUCUUAACUGAAUGGAUAAUGGCCGAGUUGGUUUUGAACCAGGACGUGCAAGAUAAACUUCGCCAUGAGCUUGACUGUCUUGUAGGAAACAAAAAUGUCACCGAGGCCGAAGUGGCUAAAUUAACCUAUUUGCAAUCUGUAGUAAAAGAAAGCCUACGUGUCCACCCACCCGGGCCACUACUCUCGUGGGCCAGGCUGUCCAAAUCGGACGUCCGUCUCAGCAACAAGAUGGUGAUUCCCGCCAACACUACAGCAAUGGUGAACAUGUGGGCUAUUGCCCAUGACCCAAACGUGUGGGAGGACCCUUUGGUGCUCAAACCAGAGAGGUUCUUGAUCAAUCAAGGUGGGGUAGACUUUGACGUCCGUGGAGGGGACCUCAGGCUUGCGCCCUUCGGUGCUGGUCGUAGGGUCUGUCCUGGAAGGAACCUAGCCCUCAUGACUGUGAGCCUUUGGGUGGCUAAGUUGGUCAAUAACUUCAAAUGGGUUCAAGAUAUGGCUAACCCGGUUGACCUAACAGAGAUUCUCAAGCUCUCCUGUGAAAUGAAGAAUCCUCUGCGUGCCAUGGCUAUUCCAAGGAAUACCGCUCAAAUAAUUUAAGGUCAAGGAGCCGCCAGGUUUGUGCGUGAAGAAUAAAAGUACUCGAUUCCGCUGGAUCGAUGAUGUGUCUCAUUAAUUACUCGAUUUGAACUGCAGGUUUGUGUGACAGCUGAGUGCAUGUUUGGAGAAUAUCGUUCUCUUUUACAUUCAAUCUGCAGAAUAAAUUUACUUGCGCUUAAAUCAUGUACGUGUGCGGUGUGCUUGUGUGUUGGUUCAGGCAAUUGAACUUUUUAUGUAAUAAAGCUACG